AUUAUUCAGGCAAAUCUGUAAGGCAGACAUAGUACCACUUCAGUCAAAUAGAAUGACCUUAACUAAACAAAGCCCCAAAUCCUUGCAUCUUCUCCAAAAAAUUGAAAUUUGCACAACAAAGCUAACUUUAGCCUGAAGCUAGCUAGCAGCCCAUUUGCACCAGGUGUUAUUCGGGCAUUUUCAAACAUAAUUUGAAACGUAUCACAACUUUCACAAUGGAGUCUUAUGGCUUUUCAGUAUUCAUUCAAGGAAAUAGGCAGUUUGCCACAGCUGCAAGGUGCCCAGAUGCACUCGCGUCUGUCCCGCUUUGAAAAUCUCUAAGCCGAAACGAUGAAUGAACCCAUCUCGCUCCGGUCGUUGCCGCUCGUUUCCAGCAACUCGUCUCAUGUCUGUUUGCACAAAAGUCCGUCUUUGUGCGCUCAGUCAAAGCCAGACAUUUGGAGUAAACAAGCUCGUGAACACAUUUCGAAGGCAGAUGGCAGCGGCGGUCCGACGCAUGCUCGCAAAAUUCGCCCUGCUGACUCAACAAUGCUGCGGAGCUGGCAUUUUAGUUUGCAGACUCCUCUCAUGGCUGUGAUACAUUUCUACUUGGUACUUUGUUGACGUUGCUUUGUAUAGGCGAUAUGUUGUGUUCAUCCUAAAACAAACCGGGACCUCAAUCAGAUCCCUGUGGAACUCCACUCAUGAUUAAGAUGCCUGUGCCAUGCCUGUUUUUAUGGACCUUGCUUAGUUGGAGAGAAAAAAAAAAAGGUUCUGGUAGUAAAAGUAAAAUUGCUGCUUUAUAAGCUUUCUGUCUCCCCCUUGUCUCACCCUCCAUCUCCCUAAUUUAUAUAUGUGUGUGUCUGUGUGUUGUCUCCCUCCGUGUGAUUGUCUGCGCCCAGCCCCUCUUCGGAAAGCAAAGUUCGUGGAGAGCCCUCGCGUUCCGCAAUCGGAGCUCGGCUCCUCCGACCCAGCCGGGAAUUCCCACCUGGACAGAUUGUGCCUAGGGGAGUCGAGCCAGGAGCUGGGCCCCCCGCCCACGGUGGAUGAGGCCGCCAACACAUUGAUGACGCGCCUGGGCUUCCUUCUGGGAGACAAAGCGAGCGAGGGGCCAGCCGGUCCCCACUACAGCAUGGAGGAGCCCGAGGCCAGACAGGGUCAGAACCAGCGCAUCAGCCCAUGCUCCACGCUAACCAGCAGCACCGCCUCGCCCCCCGCGGGCAGCCCCUGCUCCACCCUGCCCGCCACCAUGUCGGGCCAGCCGGGCACCAGAGAGUGCGCCUACGGCUCCGUCACCAGUCCGACCUCCACGCUGGAGAGCAGGGACAGCGGAAUCAUCGCAACGCUGACCAGCUACUCUGAGAACAUGGAGCGCGGCGGCGGCAAGCACGGCUGCGAGGGCUCGCGUGGCAACCUGAAGCUGUGGCAGUCGCAGAAAUCAGGCAUGGACUCCUUCCUCUACCGCGUGGACGAGAACAUGACGGCGUCCACGUACAGCCUCAACAAGAUCCCCGAACGCAGCCUGGAGAGCAUGUCCUCACACUCUGCCCACUCCAUCCCCUUGUACCUCAUGCCCCGACCCAAUUCUGUGGCCGCCACCAGCUCGGCCCACUUGGAGGACUUGGCCUACCUUGACGAGCAGAGGCACACCCCCUUGCGCACCUCCCUGCGCAUGCCCAGACAAAGCACCACUUGCGGACCUGGCCGCCCGGGGCAGGACCUGAGAGGUUCCGCUAGCAACUCCCAUCCCUGGCAGUCGCAGUCACCAGUACGUUUUGCGCCGUACCGGCCCCAGGACAUCGCCCUGAAACCGCUGCUUUUUGAGGUACCGUCCAUCACGGUGGACUCUGUGUUCACUGGACGCGAGUGGCUCUUCCAGGAGAUCGACGGCCACCUCAACCGGCCCGGCAGCAGCCGCGGCGUGAUCGUGGUCGGCAACAUCGGCUUCGGCAAGACGGCCAUCAUCUCCCGCCUGGUGGCGCUGAGCUGCCACGGCACACGCAUGCGUCAGAUCGCCUCCGACAGCCCGCAGGCCUCGCCCAAACAUGGCGAGGGGCUCCCUCUCAGCCAGCCCCAGCCCACGCAUGGCACGCUGGGGGGAGGCAGCUGUCCCGGCACCCCUGAGAUGAGACGGCGCCAAGAGGAGUCCAUGAGGAGGCUGGCUUCUCAGGUGGUGGCUUACCAUUACUGCCAGGCAGACAACGCCUACACUUGCCUGGUGCCCGAGUUUGUGCACAACGUGGCGGCGCUGCUGUGCCGCUCGCCUCACCUGGCGGCCUACAGGGAGCAGAUGCUGCGCGAGCCGCACCUGCAAAGCGUGCUGAGCCUGCGCUCCUGCGUCCAGGACCCGCUGGCCUCCUUCAAGAGGGGUGUGCUUGAGCCCUUAGAUGCUCUCUACAAAGAGAGGAAGAUCAACUCCGAGGAGGACCUGAUCGUUCUCAUCGACGGCCUGAACGAGGCCGAGUUCCACAAACCCGACUACGGAGAUACCAUCGUCUCCUUUCUCUGCAAGACCAUCCACAAGUUCCCCCCCUGGCUCAAGCUGGUGGUCACGGUACGGACCACCUUGCAGGAGAUCACCAACCCGUUGCCGUUCCACCGCAUCUCACUGGACGGUCUGGAGGAAAACGACGCUAUCGACCAGGACCUGCAGGGUUACAUCCUGCACCGCAUCCACAGCAGCCCGGAGAUCCAGAACAACAUCUCGCUCAACGGCAAGAUGGACAACACCACCUUCGGCAAACUCAGCGGACACCUUAAGGCCCUCAGCCAGGGAUCUUACCUGUACCUCAAGCUCACCUUUGACCUUAUCGAGAAGGGCUACCUGGUUCUCAAGAGCUCCAGUUACAAGGUGGUUCCGGUCAACCUGGCCGAGGUGUACCUCCUGCAAUGCAACAUGCGCUUCCCCACGCAGUCCUCGUUCGAGCGGGCGCUGCCGCUGCUCAACGUGGCUGUGGCUUCGCUGCACCCGCUCACCGAUGAGCAGAUCUACCAGGCUAUCAAUUCCGGCUCGCUGCAGGGAACGCUGGACUGGGAGGACUUCCAGCAGCGUGUGGACAACCUGUCCAUUUUCCUGGUGAAGAGGCGGGACGGCACCCGCAUGUUCGUCCACCCGUCUUUCCGGGAGUGGUUGAUAUGGCGGGAGGAAGGCGAGAAGACCAAGUUCCUGUGUGAUCCCAGGAGCGGCCACACCCUGCUGGCGUUCUGGUUCUCACGGCAGGAGAACAAGCUGAACCGGCAGCAGACCAUCGAGCUGGGCCACCAUAUCCUCAAAGCACAUAUCUUCAAGGGUCUCAGCAAGAAAGUGGGCGUGUCAUCGUCCAUCUUGCAAGGCCUAUGGGUGUCCUACAGCUCGGAGGGUCUGUCGGCAGCGCUCUCGUCACUGAGGAACCUUUACACUCCCAACAUUAAGGUGAGUCGGUUGUUGAUGCUGGGAGGGGCCAACGUCAACUACCGCACCGAGGUGCUCAACAACGCCCCCGUGCUGUGCGUCCACGCCCACCUGGGCUACAUGGACAUGGUUGCCCUGCUGCUGGAAUUCGGCGCCUAUGCCGACGCCCCCUCCGAGAGCGGCCUGACGCCGCUCGGCUACGCCGCUGCCGGGGGUCACAUGGCCAUUGUGACAACACUGUGUCACAAGAGAGCCAAGGUGGACCACCUGGACAGGAACGGGCAGUGCGCGUUAGUGCACGCCGCCCUCCGGGGCCACAUGGAGGUGGUGAAGUUUCUCAUCCAGUGCGACUGGAGCGGCGGGUCGGCGCAGCACUCCCCGCAAACCCAGCAGCAAGCCAACUUCAGCAAGAACCACGCCGUCCAGCAGGCCCUCGUCGCCGCCGCCAGCAUGGGCUACACGGAGAUCGUGUCCUACCUGUUGGACCUGCCAGAGAAAGACGAGGAGGAGGUGGAGCGAGCGCAGAUCAACAACUUUGACUCGCUGUGGGGUGAGACAGCUUUAACGGCUGCCUCAGGCCGUGGGAAGCUGGAUGUGUGCCGCCUGCUGCUGGAGCAAGGCGCCGCCGUGGGACAGUCCAAUCGGCGAGGCAUCGUGCCGCUCUUCAGCGCCGUUCGCCAGGGCCACUGGCAGAUAGUGGACCUUCUCCUGACACACGGUGCCGAUGUCAACUUGGCCGACAAACAGGGCCGCACGCCUCUCAUGAUGGCCGCUUCGGAGGGACACCUGGGAACGGUGGAGUUUCUGCUCUCGCAAGGAGCCUCUCUGUCUCUGACGGACAAGGAGGGUUUGACGGCGCUCAGCUGGGGCUGCCUCAAGGGUCACCUGCCGGUGGUCCGAUGCCUGGUCGAGAGCGGCGCCGCCACCGACCACGCCGACAAGAACGGCCGAACGCCGCUCGACCUGGCCGCUUUCUACGGCGACUCUGACGUGGUGCAGUUCUUGGUGGACCAUGGCGCCAUGAUCGAACAUGUGGACUACAGCGGCAUGCGUCCUCUGGACCGGGCGGUGGGCUGCAGGAACACGUCGGUGGUGGUGGCCUUGCUGAAGAAAGGAGCAAAGAUAGGAUGUCAGACGCUGCCCAGUCGGCCCCGAGGUCCAGCCACGUGGGCCAUGGCCACCUCCAAACCCGACAUCAUGAUCAUCCUGCUCAGCAAGCUCAUCGAGGAGGGCGACGGCUUCUACAAGAAGGGGAAGGUGAAGGAGGCGGCCCAACGCUACCAAUACGCCCUCAAAAAGUUCCCGCGCGAAGGCUUCAGCGAGGACCUCAAAACGUUCAGGGAACUCAAGGUUUCGCUCUUCCUCAACCUGUCCCGAUGUCGCAGGAAAAUGAACGACUUUGGGAUGGCUGAGGAAUUUGCUACCAAGGCCAUUGAACUAAAGCCCAAAUCUUAUGAGGCCUACUACGCCAGGGCCCGGGCCAAGCGAAGUAGCAGGCAGUUUCCUGAAGCCUUGGAGGACCUGAACGAAGCCAUGAAGCAAUGCCCCAACAACCGAGAGAUCCAGCGGCUGCUGCAGCGCGUGGAGGAGGAGUGUCACCAGCUGAGCCAGGGGGAGCUGCUCCAGCCUCCAGACUUGGAGCUGGAGCCUCCCCCCUCCCCGCCUCCCACGCCUCCCCCAGAGGAUGAAGAUUGCCUCUCCCUGCCUCUUCCGCCUCCCCCGGAACCCCGACUGGAGGACAUGGAGCCUGUCCAAGAUCUCUUUGAGGAUGAGGACUACCUAGAGCAGGAGCUAGAGGCCAUGUCCAUGGGACUCCCCCCGCCGGAGUCCCUCAGCAAUCCGUCCAGUCUGCCCAUCAUUCAAAGCCCCCCACUGUCCCCGACAAAUGCAGACCACAUCUACCUAGGUGAUGGUUCUCCUAUGGGGCAGCCUUAUGAGUACCACCCCACGUCCUCCUCCAUGUCCUCUCCUACUCGCGGGUCUUACCAGACCACGUCGCCCUCCCUGUCCCCGACGCAUCACAACUCCCACUAUCGACACAGCCCGCACACCUCCCCGGUGCACCAACCGUCCUACCGUUUCAGCCCCCCGCCCAUGGGCAGCAGCGGGCAGGGGAUGGACCGCCAGAGCCCGCCGCCGUCCCCUCUGCGCCGGGCUGCCCAGUACAGAGCCAGCCCGCCGGUGGAGAGCGUUUGUUUGUACAGAUCCCAGUCGGGCUCGCCCGUACGCUACCAGACAGAGCAGCACCCCGGGCGACCCAAAUCGCCCCUGUCUAAGAUGAGCAGCCAGCGCUCCUUCCAGCUCAGCUCUCAGCCCUCGUUGUCGUCCCAGCAUCACCAAGCCCAAGGCCUUCGUCUGCAGCCGUCCAUGGCCCAAAUUGUGCGCACAAACCAGCCCAGCAGCAUGAUGGGCAAUAGCGGCUAUGGGGGGCAGAUGGGCCACUCCAUGGCUAGCCGUUACCAGGGCGGCUCGGUGGACGUAGACAGCCGACUGGUGUACCAGCCCUCGCUGGACGGGCGCUCUGUGUCGCAGGUGCAAGCCAGCCUCAGCUCUGGCGCCCUAUGUCAGUACGGCGGCCGAGGAGGGGUCCUGGAGUCGGGCCUGUUGAAGGAUGAGCUACCCCAGCGCCCCUCCUCUGCCUACCGCGCCAGCAGCGGGGGUCCGGCGGGCAUCCGUUACAGUCAGACGCCUCAGAUCAGUCGCAGCCAGUCCGCCGCCUACUACCCCGUCUCCGAGCACGUGCUGGAGCGCGCCAAUGCCAUGCCGCCUUGUCAGCUG